UCUCUCUCUCUCUCUCUCACACACACACACACAGACACACAUACAUGGCUAAGGCUCAUCUUCUAAACCGAGCAUACAUGAUCAUACUACACAUAAUAAGUAACUUGGUUUCAAUAACAAGAACCAAACUAACACCAUGGAAAAACACUUCACUCCAAUAUAAAACCCUACCUCUUGAAAUAGCAACUAAACUUUUUCUUGAUACCACUUCCAUCAAAACAGCUUCUUCUGAUUUCGGUAAACUUGUUCAAGAAAUCCCAACUGCUGUUUUCCAUCCUUCCACCGUUUCGGACAUCUCCCGCCUUAUUAAAUCCUCAUACACCUCUUCUUCUCCUUUCAAGAUCGCGGCUAGAGGCCGUGGUCACUCGGUUGGAGGACAGGCAAUGGCGAAAAAUGGGGUGGUGGUGGAAAUGAGUUCUUUGAUUAAUGUUGGGAUUAAAGUUUGCCGGAGUGAGAGUUUAGGGUUUUAUUGUGAUGUUGGUGGUGAGCAGCUUUGGAUCGAUGUUUUGAGGACGACGUUGGAGCAUGGAUUGGCGCCGGUUUCAUGGACCGAUUACUUGUAUCUUAGUGUUGGAGGUACCCUUUCUAAUGCAGGGAUUAGUGGGCAGGCUUUCCUUCAUGGACCUCAAAUCAGCAAUGUGCUUGAAAUGGAUGUCAUCACUGGAAAAGGAGAUUUCAUGACUUGCUCCAAAAGCAUGAACUCUGAUCUCUUCUAUGGAGUUCUUGGUGGUCUUGGCCAGUUUGGGAUCAUCACUAGAGCAAGGAUUGUUCUACAGAAGGCACCAACAAGAGUGAAAUGGGUUCGAAUGAUUUACGACGACUUUGCUACGUUCACAAAGGAUCAAGAACACUUGAUCUCACUUAAUCAUGGACCUAGUUAUGUUGAAGGCUCUCUUAUUAUGAAGAAAAGUCCUGCAAACAAUUGGAGAUCUUCGUUUUUCUCGGUUCAUGAUGAAGCGAAAGUAAAUUUGUUAGCAUCCGAAUGUGGUAUCGUUUAUAGCUUAGAAGUAGUAAAAUACUACGACGAAUUCGGCAUACAAACCAUAGAUGAGGAACUAGAUGAGAUGUUCAAAGGGCUAAACUUCAAAAGUGGAUUUAUAUUCAAGAAAGAUGUAACAUUUGUGGAUUUUCUAAAUAGAGUGAGAAGUGAAGAGCUAAAACUUCAAUCUAAAGGAUUGUGGGAUGUUCAUCAUCCAUGGUUAAACUUGUUCAUCCCAAAAUCGAGUAUUUUGAAGUUUAAUCAACGUGUGUUUGUUGAUAUAAUUCAAAAAGAAAACAAGAGUGCUGGCCCUUUUCUCGUAUACCCAAUGAACCGAAAAAGGUGGGAUUAUAGGAUGUCAUCGGUCAUUUCGGAGGAAGACGAAGAUGUUUUUUACACCGUAGGUUUAUUGCACGCAGCUAGAAACGUUGAAGACUUGAAGAUGAUCGAAAAUCAGAAUAAAAAGAUAUUAGAAUUAUGUGAUGAAAUUGGGAUUAAAAUCAAACAAUAUCUUCCACGAUAUAAUGAAACAAAAGAAGAAUGGAUGAAGCAUUUUGGUGCAAAAUGGAGUUUGUUUGAGGAGAGGAAAGCCAAGUAUGACCCAAAAAUGAUAUUGUCACCUGGACAAAAGAUUUUCAAUUUUUAGUUAUAGUAAUUAUUAAGUAUCAAGUAUUAGUUAUAUAUAUUUAUAUGUUA